AUGGCGUCGCCAGGACAGACACAAGGCUCAGCGCCUGCAACCCAACCUACAACACCACCCGCCGAGUCCUCCGCGAACGGGGUUGCGCCCGCAUCCCAGGCCCAGCCCAAUGUCCCAGCCGCCGCUCCUCAAACAUCCACAGCACCACAACCUCCACAAUUCCCCGGAACGUCAGCCCAAGAUAGCGGCAAAUCGCGACGGCCACGCGACGUGCGGCUGGUCCACAUGCUCCUCGCCUCGCUCGGGGUAACCUCAUAUCAAGAUCGGGUGCCUCUCCAACUUCUCGAUUUCGCAUAUCGAUACACGUCCAAUAUCCUACAAGAUUCUGUGCACCUUGCGACAGAAGGCUAUGCUGCUGCGACAGAUGGCACGGCAGGCGGCAAGGGCUCUGCUGAAGUCAAUAGUGUUUCGCUGCCGGCCCUGCGUCUCAGCAUUGCCUCUCGCUUGCACUUCCAGUUCCAAACUGGGCUACCGAAAGAAUUCCUGAUGGAUGUUGCGUCAGAGCGGAACCGCAUUGCUUUGCCCGGUGUUUCGCGCGGCUUUGAUCCCGCAGCCGGUGCUCCGAAUGGUGUUGCUGGGGCGAAUCAGAGUAUCACAAUGGGUGGAAUGCGCCUGCCUCCUGAGAGAUUCUGUCUCACGGGCUUGGGUUGGGAUAUGAAGGACGAAUGGGACAGCGAGGGUGAAGAGGAUGUGCCUGAUGCGCCGCAGGGUGUUGCUGGCAAUGGCGUGGGUGGUGACGGUGCUGGCGAAAAAGAGGACGGCGGCGAAGAAGACGAGAACGAUGGAAAGAUGGAAGAUAUCUUUGGCGAAGAUACAACCAUGGGCGAGGCGGGCGACGGGGACGAGGACCGAAAGAUGACCGAUGUUUAG